CCUGAUAAGCAUGAUAACAUAUCAAAGGAUGGCAUAAGCAUGUAACUCAUCAAAUGAAUAAUGUGAACCUUAGUGUGCAAAAAGGGUUGGCGAAAAACACAGACAAAAGGAUCAUACAAAAGCGGAGGCUGUUAGAUCAGGAACAACCAUCAGACCAUCCAGAGAAAAGCGAGACUGCUACAUUACUGGCAGUAGUGGAAUACCAGUCAUGUUACUGGCACUGAGCAUUUUGCUGCUUAUAUUUCCUGCGUCUUUUUCUGCUCCAGUCAAAAAUGGCUGUACCACAGGCAAAAACAAACUGCUGUUAAUCAGCUUUGAUGGGUUCAGGUGGGACUACGACCGAGAUGUGGACACCCCAAACCUGGAUAAAAUGGCUGAGGAAGGAGUCAUGGCAGAAUACGUCACUCCACCUUUCCUGACCAUCACCAGUCCAACACACUUCACCCUGUUAUCUGGAAGGUACAUUGAGAACCAUGGUGUGAUUCAUAACAUUUGGUUCAACACAACCACGCAAGAGAAGAAACAAUACUACAUGACACAGUUUGUGGAUGAAUACUGGGAUAAUGGCAGUCUACCCAUUUGGAUCACUGCUCAAAGACAGGGUAAAAAAGCAGGAUCCUUACACUUCCCUGGCACUGCUGCCACCUACCAGAAAGAAAUAAUCCAGGUGAGGGAGGUGGAACCACAGUCUUACGACUACAGCAAUGAGACAGAAUGGAGGGCGAAUGUGGACAAGGUCAUGAAGGAAUGGUUUAAAGAUCAAGACUUAGACUUUGUCAGUUUGUAUUUUGGCGAACCAGAUGCUACCGGUCAUAAGUAUGGGCCUGAUUCACCUGAGCGUCGUGAGAUGGUCAUGCAGGUUGACCGAACCAUAGGCUACAUACAGGAAACUGCUCAGAAACAUGGACUCGGUAACCGUCUGAAUAUUAUCAUUACCGCUGACCAUGGAAUGAGCACUGUGUUACAAGGAGAGGGCGUAAAUGAAAUAAUACUCACUGACAUCCCAGGAUUCUCUAUGAAAGAUCUGGAAUUUCAUUUGGUGGACUAUGGACCUGCUGGGCUGCUGUUGCCCAAAGAAGGGAUGCUUGACAAGGUUUAUCAAGCCUUGAAAGGAGGACAUCCAAACCUACACGUUUACAAGAAAGAGGACAUGCCUGCUCGUCUGCAUUACUCCAAUCAUCCACGUCUCCUGCCCUUAAUUCUCUAUGCAGACAAAGGAUAUGUCAUCAAUGGGUUCUACGUAUUCCAGAAUUAUAAAGGGCAACACGGCUUCGACAAUGAGGAAAUGGACAUGAAGCCUUUCUUCAGGGCAGUGGGACCAGAUUUUCACAAAAACUUGUUGGUUGGACCAUUUGAGACCGUCAAUGUUUAUUCUCUAAUGUGCCACUUACUUGGGAUAAAGCCAGAAAUCAAUGACGGGUCACUGGAUAACACCCGACACAUGCUGAUAUCCAACGGAGAGUCAUGUAAUUCUGGAGGUGGCUCUGGAGAUGACUCUGGGGGUGACUCUGGAGAUUCUUCCAACUCAAUUCUUCAUAAUGUGUAUGUUGGUCUUGGCGCUAUGGCUGGAUUUUUGCUGCUUACGCUUGUGGUUUUUACAUCCUUUAAGUUGUAUAAAAGACAAAAAAAACAGAAAGCGAAUACGAAAGCGAGAGCGAAAGAUGAGGACCAGACAAAAGACGACUCCAAGCAAACAGCGUUCUAAGAGGGAUGUUCACUUAUUUUUUAACUGCUUGUCAUUUAUUACUACAGUGGGACCCAAACAUCUGAGACAACAUUUAUGGUUUUUUUCCCCCCAUUUAAACUUGGGUGUAAAUAAAAUGAAAUAAAAUAAUGUUUACAGAUAUUUAAUAUUUAAGUAUUCCUGUCAAGGCAUCUUGAGUAUACAUGUCAUUAAAAGAAACUAGGAACAUAUUGUACAAUAUUUAGAUAUUUAGAAAUUCAUGUACAUUUUUCAAUUAACCUGAAAAUAUAAUUUGUAAUUUUUAAAAGCUGUUUUAAAUUAGAAUUGCUUAUAACAUGAUU